AUGUCUUCCUCUGUUCAAACCGUCCCCGCCCGCCGCGGAGCAGCCACCCUCGUGAAAGCCGGCCAAAAGAUAAAGAUAACAAACACCCAUGGCAAUCAAGUCGUUGAUACCUGGGCAUUCGCGCUUCCUUCUGCCGUCCUCAUGACUGCAUCUUCAAAGAUCGAAGCACCUCUCUACCCAAACGCGACCUCCGACUCGCCCUCCAAGUACUCCGCUACUGCCAAUACCGCCGCCAGCGCACCCGAAUACAUGUCCAUGUGUCAUUGCCGGGCAAGUCUACUGAAAGUGACACCUGCGGUAGGAGAUAUCAUGGUCAGUCAAAAAAGGGCACCGAUGGUUAAGGUUGUGGAAGAUACAAGUCCAGGCGUGCACGACACUCUGGUCGCAGCGUGUGAUAGAUGGCGGUACAGUGAGCUGGGCGUCAAUGGGUACCACGAGUCUUGCACAGACAACUUCUGGGACGCUUUGCACGGGCUGACCACGUCUCCGUCACUAUCGGCUGACCAAAAGGAGGCUCUAGAAGGCCUACAAGCAAAGAUGGGGUGCAGAGUUCCAGAUCCAUUUAAUCUGUUCAUGAACAUUCCUAUAACACAGGAAGGGGAAGGUGCGAAGCGAGGCAUCAGUUUUGAAGAACCGAAGACGAAGCCUGGAGACUAUGUAGUCUUGGAGGCGCUCAGAGAUAUAGUUGUGGUGAUGAGUGCGUGCCCACAGGACGUUCUUACGAUCAAUGGGAAGAAUCCCGUAGAUGCUCAUUACCAGGUCCUGGACUGA